CUUAGAUCAACAACAUGGCGGAUAACGCGGUUUAUCGAGCAUUGAAGCUGUACGUAUGCGAUUUAAUCUAACCACCCGUACUUUCGGAAACAGUUUAACUUUCAGAAUUGUAUGGGGCUUAGUUUUCUUUAAUUUUGUUUAUUCAACGAUUUCUCUAGGCACAUCGCACCAGACAAGUUUUAUAUAGAGCCUCGCGACCAGCAUUCUGUGGGAGACAAGAUUCUCGAGAUAGACCGGGUGACACAAGAAUUAAUCCUAGCAGGUUGGUGAGACGAUCUCAAAUCAUUUUGUUCUGUAUUACUGGCACAAUUUGAAUUCAAAGUCUCUAAAACUUUUAGUUUAUUUUCAUUUUCCAAUGCAUUUUAAAAAUUCGGCUUUCGUCACUUUUUUCGUACGUCGAGGCUCAAUUUACAGUCUAUUUACAUAAUGAAUCAUAGUUUAGUCAGCUGUUUAGUAACGUAGAGUGGUCUAAAUUUUUUUUUUCUAUCCAAAAAUAAAGAAGAUGAAUGCGUCAUUAUCUCAAUUAAGCUUAUCGCUUUUAUACUAGUAAUACAGUCGGCUCCCGAUAACUCGAACCCUCGUUAACUCGAACCUCGCGCUAACUCGAACCAAAAUCGGUUUCCCUUGGAUUUCCGUCAUGCAUUCACUGUAAUUUUACCCUCGGUAAUUCGAAGCCUCGAUAACUCGAACUCCCGCCAACUCGAACCAAUUUUCGUUUCCCUUCAGGUCAUUUAACACAUAUUUUUACCCUCAAUAACUCGAACCAUCUUUUGGAGCCCUUAAUAAGUCGGGAAAAAAGCCGUCUAUUGGGGUCCGAAACAUUGAAUUUUGGAUUUCCUUUUGACUUGUUGUAGGAGUAUAGUUUACUAGUGGAGGCUAAUGUUGAUUGUCACAGGCUAACGUGAAGCAGCUUUUCUUCUCAACACAGUAAAACGCAUGCUCAAUAGGCUAUGUUUUGUUACGUUACGUUCUGAUUUAUAAACUAAAAGUAUCUUUUAAUUUUCACUUGACAUUUCUACAAUUAAAUGUGAUUAAAAUGUUCACUGUGCAGUAAACACUGUUUUUUACCUUACUCUCGGUUAUUUUCUUCGAACUCCCGAUAACUCGAACCUUUUUUCGAUUUCCCUUGAAGGUUCAAGUUAUCGGGAGUCGACUGUAGUUAACACUACAGCUGCCCCCGCUCUGUAUAUUGUCGGUCAAUAGUAUUCUUGCUGAUUGUGUCGCUCUUUGAGAUAUAGCGAUUCAUAAUGAAGAUUUUCACACAUAUUCCAUACAAUAGGUGAGAUAAAUGCCGGAAACACAAGGUUGCAUGCACAGUUUCAGUACGAUGUACACAGCUUUGAUCAAAACAUUCUCAGUCUGGAGAAUAGUUUAUUCUAAACCAUAAGAAAAGAUUUAAUUAGAAGUUGAAUUUUUCGCUAUUUCUCUUUCACUUUUUACAUUCAGUUCAUUUUACUUGCCGGAAAGUAAGCCUUAGAAAUUAAAAGGAUGUUUGAUCAAUUCACGCCCGGGCAUUCUAGUCUUAUUUUAAACUUUAUAGCAGAAGGACAUCUGUGAGCAGGGAAUAAGUCAGCACAGAAGUUAAUUGUCAGCAAAUUUCUGUAACUGUCUAUCAUUCUGCUAGUGAUAAGCUAGCCGUUGUUCACUCGUCUUGCUUGUUUGUAGCCUCCCCCGCAGACAUUCUCAGGCAUGCGUCAGACGUUCCUUCCCCACGAACGUCUGCUGACUUGAGCGGCAAAAAACGUGGACCAAUCACAGCAGACUUCCAGAUCUAGGAAGUGCACUUUGGACCUUGAGAAAUUUCGCGCUUGACUUUAUAGCUCCAGAAAACAUCAGAAAGGUCUCAUGAAAGGCGAAGACCUUACAGUUUUAGAACAAACUACUCAGUUAACUCACAAACGUUUGUAGUAAUGGCUACCCUCAGAAUCUCAUUGACAAAAAUUACCUCGGAGGUUAAAUUUGCUGAAAGGAAGUCGGCUUUACUAUAAAACGACAGCAUGUGAAAAAAAAUUCUGCCUUUUGUUCAGUCUUACAAGGUAACUCCACUGUUACAUCACCCAAAGAACAAAUUUAUGAGCAAAUGACACCUAAUCCAGCUUUUACAGAGAUAAAUAUACAAAAAGCCAACACUUAUCUCCUAUAUUCUCGUCAGGAACAAAAAUCUUUUGUCACGCAUCACACUCUAUAGAGCUUGUACGUAUGUGUUUGGCUUGUCAACACUUUGACCUCAGCAGUGCUAAUUGGAUCUCUGAUAAUCUGCAUGUGAUCUCCAGCCAAUAUUUGCAAACAAUGGGAAAGGAGUUUAUUUUUCAGUUCAGCAGAUGUUUGUGGGGAAGGAAUGUGUGACACACGCCUAAGAAUGUCUGCAGGGGAGGCUAGCUUGUUUGGGGCUAAGUCUUAUUCUGGUCAAAGAGAGAGAAAGAGUGUCUGGUAAGGUUUCCAAUCAAAGAUUUGUGAACUCAUGUCUGGCAAACUCUCCAAGUGCUUAUAUAUACACAGUUAUACACACCUUGUACUUUCAUCUGCCGUUAAGGAGUGUGUUUUGGUCCACAACUUUCAAAACAACUGCUCCACAGAAUGUCACUGAUAACACGUAACACAAAAGAGUAUCAAAGUAUGACUGCACAAUAAAUGUCACAAAAUCUACCUAUAAAGCGGUCCCUUCGGGAUUUUCUGUCUUUACAUCAUCCUAACCGUUUCAUACUUGCGGCUGCAAACAACAGAAACCUACAAAUUACCUACAAAUUACCUACAAAUUCCUUGCGGCCCCUGUUCAAGCAAAUCGAGAGUUUUUCUGGCAUACUGACUGUAUAUUUCAACUGUAAGUGAUUUCCUUAAUAUACACACAAGUUACUAGAUUUCCUUCUGGGCGAAAUCCCUGCUGGGGCAAUUAUUUGCUGUAUUUUUUAAUUCUGGCAAGAUUUUUUUGGUGCUGAAGGCUAACAGUCUAUUUUUUUCUUUGAAAAGCUGCAAUUACAAUUUCAGAAGGAUUUCAUUAUAAAUGCUACUCGCUUAGAUCUGAUAAUUAUUGGUAUAGGGGUUGGUAAGGGAAGGGAAUGAUAUACUGUGCAGGAGAUUGUGUGAAUAGCAAAUUUAGAAAUUAUGUCCUGCUUCUUUCGACUAUUAUGGUUGUCUUUGUAUGUAUAAAAGAUACUUUGCAGUCCAUUCAGCCAAUAUUAUCUUGCCCAAAGAUCUGCUUUGAAGCUUUUGCUCCAGAUGGCAACACAGUCAAUGCCUCCCCACGCUUAUUUCUUCUUGCUUUUGGUGACAAUAAGUACGCAUUUUAUAGGGUUCAGGGAAUACACAACUUUGGACAAGAUUGCUUUCGGUCAACUCCACUGGUUACCACCGGGAUACAAUGAGAUAGAGACUUAUGUCCUUAGUGACAUGCUAAUGAACAUGAGGUUAUAUCAAGAGUCAUCUGAACAAAGUGAAGAUGACUGCGUAGAAGUCUGACUCAGUGUUCAUGUAAAAAAGGGGCUACACCGGAGUCCUUCUUUUUUAGGAAUGAAAGUUCAACACUUGGAGAUUGCUAAAUUAAAGCUGUUUUGUGUUAUAUACUCUUACGUUUACAUGUAAGAGCAAAAGACUUAGUCAGGGCUCGAAUUUAACGGUAACCCAUUAACCAAUGGUUAGUAGUUUCUUACGUUUGGUCACUAAAAAUGAGCAUUACUAUCCUGACAUAGUUAGUAAAAAUCUCUGUCAUUGAAAAUCUUACACCUGUUUCUUUUUAUGCAUAACACUGUGUUCUAUUUCAUUCAAUUUAUUGUUCUAAAAGAUAUGCUUACAGUAUAAUCGAACAACAGGGAAAACGUACAUUUCACAGAAAUCAAGGUAACCAGGCUUUUGUUGGAUGGGGAGAUCUGUACACAGCCUUAAGCUUAACAUAUCUUUUGCAAGUGGCUUGUUUGCAUCAUGGAACCUAUUUGUUAUAAAGAUCAGAUACAGAGAUGCUUGAUAGGUUUUUCAGAAAAAGGUCGCCACCCAAAACAUUUGAAGAGGAAAUGGAAGAUCGAGAAUAAUGACUAAAAAAAUUAAUACAGUUUCAAACACUACAGAAGGCUCCCGCGCAGAGGGCGUAUGAAGAAAGAAAGAACUUUCCACCAAGAAUCGAAAAAGGCAUUCACCUGGCUGCAGUUUGAUGAGUCUAAACAAACAACAUGUUGCAGUUUCUAUGGUGAAUAAUUAUUUCGCACCCUCUCGUAACAUAAUUGAAAGGAAAAUGUAAAGAUGCAUUAAAUCAUCUAGUAUAUUAUUUCGUUUUGCAGAUCAUCGUGUAAUUUGAACCAAUCCAUCCAUACAUAAGUUUGCCCCAUUUAUUAGCACUACUUUCAAUAGUUAAAAUGUUGUUAUUUCAAGAACAGAUUCUUGGAUAAUUAACUUUAUCAUUUGUUUAGUAGAGCGGUUUUCACUUGACUGUCGAAAGGGAUUGGUUUUGGUUUUGGUUUUGGUUUUGGUUUUACUACGCCCUUUGGUUGGCUAGUGUAUUUACUUUGGUUUUGGUUUUACGACAGUCAAGUGAAAACCACUCUAAAACUUAUGCCCACUAACCCAAAGGGUUAGUUAUCCAAAAAAUCAAUUUUGAGCCCUGCUUACACUGUAGGAAGAAUUUUGUUAUCGGGCUGGUGAAUUCUGUUAUAAACUUGCCCAACGGGCAAGUGAAGUCUUGUGGGGGAAAUUCAAAUUAAGAACUGUAACCAAUGCUCAUCAAAAAAAUUUUCGGCUAGUUGAAAUGACUUUUUGGCUAGUAUGUACUAGCUACAGCUUGCCCGAUUGGCAAGCUGUAAAACUGACUUUCUUUGCACCCUGAUUCUUGAAAUAAAGCCAAACUAAGUACAGUCAACUCCCGAUAACUCGAACCCUCGCUAACUCGAACCUCGCGCUAACUCAAACCAAAAUCGAUUUCCCCUGGAUUUCCAUCAUACAUUCACUGUAAUUUUACCCUGGGUACCUCAAACCCUCAAUAACUCGAACUCCCGCUAACUCGAACCGAUUUUCGUUUCCCGUCAGGUUAUUUUCUAUAUAUUUUACCCUCGACAACUCGAACCAUGUUUUGAGCCCUUAAAAAGUCGGAAAAAAAGCCGUCUACGGGCGUCCAAAACAUUGAAUUUUGGAUUUCCUAUUGAUUUCCUAUUAUAGCAUUGUAGAGUAUAGUUUGCUAGUGGAGGGUGACGUUGAUUGUCACAGGCUAACGUGACGCAGCUUUUCUUCUCAAAACAGUAAAAUGCAUGUUCUAUUUAGGCUAUGUUUUAUUACAUUACGUUCUGAUUUAUAAUCUAGAAGUAUCUUUUAUUUUUCACUUGACAUUUCUACAAUUAAAUGUGAUUAAAAAUAAUGUUCACUGUGCAGUAAAACUGUUUUUUACCUUACUCUCGGCCAUUUUCUUUGAACUCCCGAUAACUCGAACCUUUUUUCAAUUUCCCUUGAAGGUUUGAGUGAUCGGGAGUCAACUGUAUAUCAAACACUAACCUUGAUGACCACUUAGUAGUGGUGACAACAGUGAGAACACUCUCGUCCAGAACAGCUAAAAUGUGGCCGCCGCUUCUUAAUAGAGGUUUAAGUUCCCAUUCUUUUUCUACAAUAAUUUUGGGACUUCAAACACUGGUUACUUUAAAUUGAGAGGGGUGCCGUUUAAUGGAGAUUCAACUGUAAAAUAAUUUCUAUUUUGAAUUUUAUUUUUAGACAAUGAAGGUCAGAUUCCACCAUCAGCUGAAAGUAGAGACAUCUUUGGAAUACUAGGAAUCAUUAAUUUGUUAGCAGGUAUAAAUUAUAACAUUAUGCUCUUCGUUUAGCACCACAAAGACACUUGCCCACUUACCAGCUAUUAGAUACUGUGUAUUUUUCUGAGACUUUUAUAAAAAUACCGGUAAUACAAAGGAAAACAAAAGAAAAAGGGGUGGCCCCAGCCCCCUUAAUUGGCACACCCCUAAAUCCACCCUUAAUUUCUUUUAUAUGCAGUGUGCAAAGAAAGUAGUGGAUUUUGUUAUCAGGCUAGUAAAUUCUGUUUUUAACUUGCCAAUUGUUGUUUUUUGAGGAAUUCAAAUAACAGAAGAGCUGUCAAAUCAAUUCUGCUGGUCAAAAAGUUUUUGGGGCUAGUUGAAAUGACAUCUGGGCUGGUAAAUGCUAGCUUCAGCUUGUCUGAAUGGCAAGCUGUAAAAUUGAUUUUCUUUGCACCCUGAUGUGUACAAUUUUGUCAAGGUCAAUUUACAUGGUAUGACUUUGUUGCAUGUGAUGUGCUUACCAAAGGCCUACGACAUGAGCUGUUUAAUGAAAAUCAAACUGAGAGCAUACUGUCUUGUGACUGAUUUAUACACAACACAACUGGUGUUACAAGCAUCUGGUAAGUACUUCCUAUGCUACAAAGUUAUAGCAUGUAAAUUAGCCUUCAGCUUUGCACUAUUUUCAAGAAUCUUCACAGUAAUAUUUCUAUUUAUGUAUUCUUACUAUAUGUACCAUAGUUGGCUGUAAUAAAUAAAUAAAUUAUCUUUAUAUGUGUAUGUAUAGUUAACUAAUACCAUGUUGUAAUACUCUAGGACCAUACUUGGUUGUUAUAACCAAGAAGAGCCUUGUGGGUCACAUCAAGGGACAUGAAAUAUGGAAAGUAAAAGGAACAGAUGUGUUGGCAUUUCCAAGAGCAACUUUACAUUUGACAGAAAGCCAGGUUUGCUAAUUGGACGUGUCUGUUUGAGUCAUCAGCAACGCCUGGAUUGGAUCAGACCGGAUCAACCCAUUAAUCAUUAACCCUUUUAAGUCCCAAUAGUGACUAACUUCAAUUUUCUCCUAACAAUAUCCACACAUUGUCAAGAGAUAAAGUUAUGAGAAUUAAUAAAAUAAUCACCUAAGAGAAAAUGCAUUGAUCUUUCAUCAAAUUCUCUCAACUCAUUCUUUAAGGAAAAAACAGAGAUCAGUUUGGAGAAUUUGUAUGUGGAUAUUGGGACUUAAAGGGUUAAUCAUUAAAUGACAAAAGUUCAGAGAUGGGUCACAGAGCUGAUCGAAUCUCGUCUGAUCCAGGUUUUGUCAACAGUCUGGGCUAGUACAUGUUAGCUCCAGCUUGCCCGAAUGGCAGGCUGUAAAACUGACUUUCUUUGCACCCUGAAAGUAUAUACAAGGUUAAUAGAGUAUUGGAAUGAGAAUCUAGAUUUUUAUCAGAAGUCAUGUGUGGAUUUAUUCCAGGCACCCAAUAAAUUCAUUAAGGUUCCUUCUCAUGAAAUAAUGUCUGAGGUUUUCCAUGCCACAAUUUUGAAUGAAAAGAUAGGCCUGAAGUACAGUUAGGUGUAUCUAUGAUUUCUUUGUCUGUAAUUUGACCUGAUCUGAUAAUAAUUAACAACAUUAUUCCAUGAGUGCACGUUGGAUAUGAAAUGGUAGGUAGCCAACGAGGUGCAUAGUGCCGAGUUGGCUAUAAUUAUCUCAUAUCCAACAAGCAUGAGUGGAAUAAUCGUUUUAUUAAAAAUGCCCACAAAAUAUCGAGAAUUCUUCCCGAAUUUAUCAACCAAAUUUCAUCUUGUUUUUGAUUUUGAGCAGACGCGUACAGUUACCAUAAUAGGAGAGCAUGGUAUAAUGGCUCAUAUACCAUGAUGGCUAAGCCAAUCAGAACUCUAGAAUUACAUUAUCCAAUGAUUCAGUUUUUAAUACUGAAUAUUAUUAUUUCUUCUUGAAACAGCAACGGAACAACAAUGUGUAUUUGUCAAUGGUGCGAUCAGUUCUUCAAACUGACAGUUUCUACUUCUCGUGUACAUAUGAUCUAACACAUACACUGCAGCGACUUUCCCAUACUAGUCCAGAUUUUCUUCAGAUGCCUUUGUUUGAAAGGGUAUGUACCAUGUAACUCCUUUAUCAAGUUCGUUGAAAGAGGUGGUGUGUUCUUGGUGAUGCAGAGACUAUUUCAAGGUUAACUAUCUAUUGUACUGUGGUGUUGGUAUUGUUUUAUGUCUUUGUACCAUGUCACUUGGUUGUUGCACCAUCUAAAAGAAAAGAGACUGCCAUUAGAGUUUGUAUGAUACUCUAGUGUGCUAACCAUUUUCAUCAGUUUCAUCAUGUGGUACGAACACAUGCCAACAUCACCAAUUAUUAUUAAACGGUUAUGUGACAACAUAAUAUCAUGUGCCAACUCUCCCCAGGUCAUCCGGCAAUCUCCUAGGUACAGCACAAAUCUCCCAGUCUCCUGAAUGGGUCACUGAAUCCCACAGAUGAAACUAAAUGUAAACUUUUCUGUGCUUUAGUUUGAAAUUAAGCUCAUUUCCCUCAAAUGGAAACACAUUUUUCAGUCAUGGUCUGGUUGUGUGUCAAUUUGGCACAUACUGACAUUCAUUGACAAGACUAUUUCAUCAAUAAAGUGAAUUUUGACUCUUUUAUAGGCUGAUCCUAGAUUUGUUUGGAAUGGUCAUCUUUUGAGACCACUUGUGGUGCAACCAGAGGUAAAGGCUGUCAUUAAUAGCCAUGUUUGUAGUUAGAAAAUACUCAGAAGAGAAAAAAUGAAUUAAAUGAGACAAAAGCAUUGAAGCAUUUUCAACUUACAAUGUAGUAAGUCAUUAUUGUCAGAUUAUAUAUCUAUCUUUGAAAAUGAAAUUUGCGUAAAAUUUUUGGCACCCUAGUUUGAUCCCCAUUUUCCUUUGACAUAUAUUAUCAAUGACUAGGGUUAGAAUACAAAGGAAAUUGAGAAUCAAACUAAGUUGAAACCGUUUUAACCUGAAUUUCAUUCAACACGGUCACCACACUGAGGAGGUUUGAAUUUCAGUGCAGGGAGCUAGUGAAGGCAGAUCGACACAACAUUUUCAUUUUUUUACUUUUUUCUUUACUUUAAUUUUUGAUUUUUGUCUAAUUAAAAGGUAGCUUGAACAUUAAAUUAAUUUAUUUUUGAUUUCUUGUUUCAUCAGCUUCACAGGUUUAUACUUCCAGUGAUGCAUGGAUGUAUCCUUAAAAAUCAGCAUUUCAUUGCAUGUCCAACAGCCCAUAAUUUAAAGUUAUUGUUCCAUCAGUAAAUUUUCCUUAAUUUUCUUUAAUUUUUGUGUUUUAUUUAUGCAUUUUCUGUCUUAAGUUAGCUGUCAACAAUAAUAUGGCAAAUGACUUGUACUCCUGAAAGGCUUAAGAGUACUAAAACGUUGCAAAGACUGGUUUGGUUUUAAUACAAGAUAUUGUGAAUCUUGACAAAGGUUUCACUGGUUUUGCUUGCUUUGCAAAGGCCAGUCAUACCUAAAAUCAUCCAAAACGGAUGGCCGUUGUGCUAGUCUCUGUUAAAGUAAAGCAUGUUACGGACGGCAGUGUUUCUUGUAAGGUGAGGCUAGACAUUUCAACUGCUUUUUGAGUGAACACCCUUGAUGUAUCCGUUACUGGAGCUGGCUGCUUACAGGAAUGGUUCUCAUAAGUGGCCACUAGAGAUGUAAGGGUUAAAUGGCCGCUUAUGGUAGCUUACCAAACUACCAAUAAACGUUGGACAUCAGAUUUUAUUUUAGUCUGCUUAUGGCAGCUUACAAACAAAGCUAAAACCUAACUCAUAAACCACGAAAGUGUCUGCAGUCACCAAUGGGAAUUAUCCAGUUACGCAAAUGUAACAAUACAAAGUUUGUAUGGGAGUUGAAACAGGGUUUCAUGAAGGUGGCCAUAAGUAGAGCUGUUGGCUUUAAAGAGUGUCUGGAGAGCUUGCACUGUAUCAGCAAAAAAAUGAAUGAAUAAAUAAUUAUGGUGGCAAGAAUUACACGCUCAGUAAGUACAAUGUACAUGUAUGUACCGAAACAACAUUGCAAACAUCCUUAAGACAGACUUUAUUAUUAUCCUUUCAUGAGUAACAUAACUUAAACUGCAUCAUCACUGACUUUAAGUGUUUUCCUUGACCUCAUGAAGUUGUUUCUAUAACAUCCUGUAUUAUAAAACAAAGUACAUUUGAUUUUAUCCUUAUUUCAAGAAGGAGUUGUUUUCGGGCAGGUAUGUCAAAAAUCUGGUUUAAUUAAAGAUAAAGUUAAAGAAAGGUGUAAACAUAAUGGUUUGUGUUUGAUAGGUUCCUGUAUAGUUUGCCUCUAAUAUUUUAGUAAGAUCAUGUUCCUCUCUAUCAUGUUAAGGUACUCGUUAUUAUAUAAGAGGAGUGGAUACUGAAGGAAAUGCAGCUAACAAUGUUGAAACAGAGCAGAUUGCACAGUUUGGGUCUGGAGUAUGCUCCUUUGUGCAGGUAUGCUUCUCCACAGAUUAUUGUCCAUCUGUUCAGGGAUACAUACAUGUAUGCAUACAUACAUAACCUUUAUUUCAACACGAAGUUUAGAGUAGCUAUGCUAUAUAGCUAAUAUCUGCGAGAAUCAAAUUAUGAUUUCUUAAACCUGAAAAAAAAACACAAAAUAAGACAAAAAUUAGUGAAAAUGACAAAGCGGUCCAAACUUGCGCAUGACAUUAAAACUUCCUUUAGAGUUAUUAUUUUCUACUUCACGUUUCUUUACCACUGGAUAUACUUUGUUGCUACAAAUACUUUCCUUCACAAUCCUUAGGUGGCAAUUAAAGUAAUAACCUUUUUCUCAAAGCGCCUCAUGAUACUGAUCUGAUGGGUGUCGUACAGGGGGUCUGAAAAGCUGGACUCUUCCGCUUGAUCUGCUGCCAAGGAUGUGUUCCUUUACUGCUAGUUUCCUGUUUUGGAAUAUUGCAAAAAAAUACAUUAAAAUAACAUGAUCCUCAUUAAGUGUCAAAAAAUAUGUACUUUAUCAGUAAAACCUUACUGGUCAGAAAUAAUUGAGCACUGCCAGUAGGAAUGAUCAACUACAAUGUGCAUUCAAAUGAAAUUCAAAUUUUAAUGUAUGCAUGACCAAGACUUUUGUGCUUUCUAUAAAAAUAUAAAGAUUAUCAGCAUGUUACAAGCAUUAUAAAAUUACUGACCCUUUGAAAGUUGUUGUUUGUUGUUUUAGUAACCUAAUUUUUUUGGUUAAAUUGCAGACAAGAGGUUCUAUUCCAUUGUUUUGGUCACAGAGACCAAAUCUCAAAUACAAACCUACCCCUGUUCUAAACUCUGGAGCUGAUCAUGUGAGUACAUCGUGUCACCUUUAUCAUGUCCUCUCGUUUGCCAGUGACGUUUCUAGAAUAAUACCAAAAAGUACAUGUUUUAUGCAUCCUUGACCGAGCUUGUUACAGUAGGUCCAGAUGGCUUGGAUAUAAGCCAAGUCCUCUUUUAUGUAAUUUUAUGGGCUGAGAGGAAGUCAAGGUCCAUGAAGAUGAACAAGGGAAUAAAUAUCCAGCCAUCUGGACCAACCAAGCUUAGUUGAUAAAGGAUUAUUUAAAUGAGCAAAAAAAGUUGUCUUUUAAUUGGACCAGGGCAGGGGGGGGGACUAUGAACCAUCAAGAUCCAUCUUGCCUGCCCAUGUACAUUGUAGCUGCUUGUGUAACCAACCUUACUAUUAUGAUAAAAUGACUUGUUGGGUUUCAUCAUUCUCUUUAUUUUGUUACGUGGUUCAACUCAAAAAUCAACUCCUUCAGGUGUAGUUCACAUCAUGGCAGUUAAUGGGCCCUUUGUACAAAAUGACCAGGUGGUACAAAAAACACUUUUGCUGGACAGCAAAAGGCGAUUAGCUCGAACUCUACGCUCCUCUGACCAGCGUACACUUCUACCAAGGUCAUUAAUGUCCUUCUUUUGUUUUUUUUUCUCUUAUUUGUUAUUUUACUCCUACUUUACUAGAUACUGUGUUAUUAUCAUAAUACAAGUGUGAAUGAAACUAAACUGAAAGUGAACUGAACUUGAUCUUGAAAUGAAAGGAUAUUAGUUUUUUGCCCCACUACGUGGUUUGCCAUCCAAUUUGUUUUUUCUGUCCUAUGUGGCCAUUUCUGCAAAGGGUCCAUUAAAAACCAACUUUUUUGUAAGAUUUUAUUUAGUUUUGGUUUUUGCAUUUUUCAGAGAGUAGGAUUUUGUCUCCACCUAGACAAAGAGAGAGUUUAUUAUGGAGAACAUGUAUUAAUAAACUUGGUAAGUUUUUAACCAAUGCAAUUUUGACAAGAUAAUUUAAAGUAAUUAAAUGUUUUUGGUUUUUGUCUCCCCUACUGGAAUGUCUGAAUACAAACUAUGGCAACCAUGGUGCUGCUAAAUCAAUAGUCCUGUACAGCUGACUGAUGCUAUUGCAUGAUCAAAGACCAGCAAUACACAGUCAGAGACUUUCCAGGCUGAAAUUUGACCAUACAUAAGCAGGGCUGUCAGAAAAGUUUUUAAGCAGCAGGCUGAUAAUGAAUAGUGGGCAGCUUUGGAACUCCCACCAAAGGCACAAGUUCUUGAGGGAUGAGGUACCUAGGGACAUCUUGAAAUUUAGAGUCUCAGAAAUGGCAUUUCCAGAGGUUUUUAAGAGGGAUUUUCCAUCGCGGACACCAUCGUUCCAAGACAUCGCCUAGUUCAAACGUUUCACAGAUCAUAUGAGGCGCGUUCUAGCAUUUGCAUUUCCUUCUUCUUUCCUUAUUAUUAAUAAUAGCAUAAUAGUUUUUUUCCUUUGUUUUUGUUUAAUAACUUCCUUUCUUUCUUCUUUCUCUCUUUCCCUCAUUGUUUCUCUUAUAGGUAGAAAUAAUCUUGCCACAAUAACAAACAAAGGAAAAAUAAUAUUAAUUCAGCUAGUUAAAAUUGAAAUUCACUGAUUGCUUUAUUCCCCAGCAUAUAAUAAAGAUCUGCUGCCUAAGUUGGCCUAAAUGUUAACAAAUCUUAAAUAUCAUACCCAGCACGAAAAAUGCUCCCCGGUAGAGAAAGUUUACGUAAAAACGUAAUAACUAGAAAUGUCCAUUAUAAAGUUUAAAACCACUUUCCACAAAUGUAGCACCACUACAGAGUCCUUACAGUUGUGGUAGAUACUUGUAUUUAUUACUUAUUUCUUAUCACUUAUUGCUUUUUGUCUCUUUAACAGAUUGAUCAAAAAGGGCCAGAAAAGAUUUUGGGAGAUAGAUAUACAGAAACUGUUAGGACUGCAGGAUACACGGACAAUUUCUUAAGGUAAUAAAAGAAUGUACAGUCAACUCUGUUUGAAGGCACACCUCUGUAAGACACACACUUUCCUCUCUAAAAUAAAGUGAACACAUAAAGUUGGUCUUUGCGAUUACCUUGUCUCUUCAUUAAGGCAGAUACAACACCACUUUGAGACUGCUGAAACAGUGCUAGUCUCGGUGGUGUUGACUGUGUGUAUAAACAUGGGCAAUUAAACACACAUGAACUAUUUUGAAUGUUUCAAUCUAAUUGUGCCAAGACUCUACCCCUUUCAUCCUAAAUAUAGACUGGUAUUUUGUGCGACAUUGGGUAUUACUUGCUUUACAUGAAUGAAAAUGCGAAACACUGUGCACAGCUGAGUUAAUUCUCAUGCAAUAGAUGCCUUUCCUUAAGACAUAUGGUGCAAAAAUUAAGGUGGCUUACUAUAGUUUUCGUAUGAAAACUAUCAAAGUUUUCCAACUUGAAUAUUUUUAGCAACUUAAGGCUUCUACUGAACGUUUUAUCACUGCAAUUGAUGUAAAUUAUCAUUUUACCUUCUAAAAGCUUUUAAUUGCGUAGCAUAACAUGAAAUAUAGUCAUUGAGCAUCCAAAAAGCGGACUGGUAACUCGACCUUUAAGAGCGCUUUUUCUUAGAAACUAGUCUUACGACCUGGGUUCAAAUUUUGAGGAUUGUUAGAGAACAUAAAGAUGAAACCAUAAACAUUUUUUCAGACGUGAAAUCUCUUUCAAAAUAUUCUCCUGUAACAUUACACCCUUCUCCUGCUACUAGAAUUCUUGGUGAAAACCCUGCACAAAGCCACAAAGAUACAUAUGCUCAGACCACUGACAUAUGAGCAAAAUAGCUCAAUUAUGGUAAUCUCAGUUUAAAAUACAAUGGGCAAUUCAUUCAGAAACAAACUUAAGGUCGUGUUGUUGAGAAUGCCUUUAUUAUAUAGAGAGUUUAAGUAGAACAAGAGCAAUAAUAAGUCUAAAAGGUAAGGGCCAUUGGUUUUAUUGCUUUGCCAAGGGCCCCUGGCUUUUGUUAAAUUCUAGCUUGUCGUUUUGACAAACAACUCUGACAUUUCGCUUGCCCACAGUCAAUGUUUCUUUGUCUUAGUUAAUGGUAAUGUUUCAAGAUGACUUCCCUGGACCCUUGCUUAUUGGGCAAGUGAACUCAAAAAGUUACUCUUGGCCAGUAGAAAAUUUGCUUUGCCAGAGUACAGGACAAAACUUUUUUGGAACCCUGCAAACAGCAUCAACCUCUCACAAGAGCUUACCUUGGAGAGAAUUUUCCUCCUUGCAGAGGGUCUUCCUUUCUGGGCAUUAGUCUUAACCCUUUAAGUCCCAAUAGUGACCAACAACAAUUUUCUGCUAACAAUAUCCAUACAUUGUCAAGAGAUAAAGUUAUGAGAAUUAAUAAAAUGAUCAUCAUAGAGAAAAAUUCCAUGAUCUUUUAUCAAAUUCUCUCAACUAAUUCUUAAAGGAGAUGUAAGAAAUCAGUUUGGAGAAUUUGUAUGUGGAUAUUGGGGCUUAAAGGGUUAAGAGGUUUUUACUUGAGAAUAAGGGUAGUGUAGACCUCAGUAAAUGAAGGUUUAUUGCAAAGAUUACUGUUACAAAUUACAGCUCUCAAACUUCUCACUUUGACUAUUUUUUUAUGUGUUGUUCAUUAGAUAUGAACCAUUUGAUUUCCAUAAAGAAUGCAGUAAAAUGAGAUGGGAAAGACUGUCCAUUUUAACCGAUAAAUUAAAAGCCAACCAAGAUAAAUUUGGGUAAGUGUUUCAUACAUACUGCCAGUUCAAACUUUAACAUCAUAUAUACAGUGAUUUUGUUACCUCUUCAUCCUGUGUCCCUAAUGCAUAAAAACCCCAAAGAUGCAAAAUAGUUCAUUGCAUGCGUCCCGUAGGACACAAAGAUCAAUCGAUGUGAACAUGUGUAUCUAUUCGUGUAAUUUCUGUGGCAAUUAUUAUGGCUGUUUAGUUUAAUGAUGCAUAUUUCUUUUAGCCUUUAUUGUGCUUUUAAAUAAAAGUACUAUAUUUUAAUUUUCCCAGUAUAUUGUUAUACAGAGGUUUGGAGUCUGUCUUCAAAUUAACUGUCCAGCUACAUUUUUGUUAACUAGAGGCAGGUACAAAAGUCGGACCAGAUCAACUCGGACCGCCAAUCCGGGUCGGAUCAACUCGGAUCGACUCGGACCAACUCGGAUCGAAUAAAAAAAAUAAAAAUAAAAUAAAAUUGGACUCGGAUCAACUCGGAGCAAUCAAAAAAAUUAAAUUAAAUCAGCAAAACUGAAAGUUUAACCCAUUUGGAGGGUUAAAAAGGCCAGAUCAUCCUUUUUUUUCUCCGUGGCUUUCAGGUGCCAUUUUGUUUUACUAGUGCCAGUUCCUCUCGGAUCAUGUUAUAAACUCGUGGUUGUGGUUGCAUUACACGACGCGAUAUGGAGGUAAAAUCUCGAUCAUCUUUCUCAAUGAAUUUGCUUCAUUCCAAGAAAAUGAUAGUUUCAGUCGCCUAGAAUAUAUAUUUGCUUAUAAAAGUGUACUGAAUUAUUUAUGAGAAAAGCAUCAAAAGCCUCUGUUGAUCGCAUUUAGAGUAGUUACCGAAGAGUGUUUGUUUGUUUUUUUUCUGCAGGACUUCUGAAACUUAAUUUUAAUGAUACACUAGUGAGCAGCACACAUACAUUUCCAGUGAACAUUUUCAACUUGGAAGGAGGAGAAACCAUGCUCGCCCGGACAAAGGAAAUUUCCAUGCCCAGGGCAAGAAUCAAACUCGCGACCCUCCGGUUCAGUGGUUGGAACGUCCGAUAAACUUGUAGUAUUCGGAGGAUCGUGAGUUCAAUUCUCACCCGGGGUACAAAAAUUUUCGUUGUCCCGGGCGAGCAUGAUUUCUCCUCCUUCCAAGUUGAAAAUGUAUGUGUGCUGCUCACUAGUGUAUCAUUAAAAUUAAUAAAAGUAAAAAUAACAUUAAUUUACGCAACCACGAGUUCAUGAGAAAAAAACAAAAUGGUGGGUGAAUGUUAAGUGAUACCGACUGAUUUUAUUUUUCUUUUUAUAAUCCGAGUUGUUUUUUUUUUAUGAUCCGAGUUGAUCCGAGUCCAAUUUUAUUUUAUUUUUUAUUUUUUUAUUCGAUCCGAGUUGGUCUGAGUCGAUCCGAGUUGAUACGACCCGGACUGGCGGUCCGAGUUGAUCCGGUCCGACUUUUGUACCUGCCUGUUAACUAGGACUCAUUGGUUCUGGACGGGACUCAUGAUUUUUCACAACAUGAGUCCCAGGACUCACCAUAACUAUUUGUAACAAAAACACUGUAUAUAGACUGUAAGUUGACUUCAUGCAGUGCAAGAAAGAAAUUGCUUUAUAAAGGGACAUACAGGGGUAUUUUUGUCAGAACUGUUAUUAACCCUUUAAGCCCCAGUAUCUACAUACAAAUUCUCCAAACUGAUCUCUUUACAUUUCCUUAAAGAAUGAGUUAAGAGAAUUUGUUAAAAGAUCAAGGCAUUUUUACUUAGGUGAUCAUUUUAUUAAUUCUCAUAACUUAUCUGUUGACAAUGUAUGGAUAUCGUUAGGAGAAAAUUGAUUUUGAACACUAUUGGGACUUAAAGGGUUAAGGGCCUUGACCCAAAACACCUGUUAGAGUUGAGCUUACUUUAAUGUUACAGGUGAUCAAAGUGGAAUAAUAUUGUUUAUAUUUUCCAUGAAUCAUGAAUUUUAUUGACAAAUUUUUCUUCAUGCUCUGUGACCAAAAAAACCUUGAAGGAUUGUCUGUAGGGGGGUGCACUAAUUGGAAGGCAGGUUCUUAUUUGGAACUGGGUGCUAAUUCCUGCACAUAACUGUCACCAUUGUUAUCUCUUUUGUUAUUGUGUUUACAGGUAUUUUAGUUUAAGAGAAAAAGAUAACCAGAUUGAAUCAGAACAGAAAGGAGUUUUCAGAACAAACUGCAUAGAUUCUCUGGACAGGUAACUACUAGAAGAAGUAUUGUAUUCAAAACAUGGCAUCUCCAUGAUGUUCUUUAGGAAUUAUGGCAAAACAGGAUGAUGAUCACCAAUGGAAUAUGUCCCUCUCAGAAAAUGUUUUUGUAAUUAAUUUUAAGUUGAAUAAGUAGAGCCUGUAGAUAAUGGGAAAUUCUUUUAUUAUUGUUGUUGUAAAAAGUCUGGAUAUUGAUCAAGAAAAAGAAAAUUAAGGGAGUACAUAGAGUAAGGCCCUAAAAAGCUCUUGAUAGAAUCUUUAAUUCUCCUUUUGUCCCACAAGUACAAUGAAAUUCAAGAGAAGACACAACCUUGUUCUCACGGUUCUCUCCUACUUGUCCCUACUGAACGAGAUGAGUAGCAGAGAACACUGGGAACAGAUUGAAAGAGAGACUAACAGUUUAUCAGGUGGACUUUUUUCCUGAUGCACCCCAUUAAUCAAGUUAAUCAAUGGCAUACUUGCCAUAGCAGUAAUUGUUUCUAAUAACCAUCUGUAAUAAUACUUAAUUUACUAUACGUAACUUGUUUCUCAUCAGAACAAAUGUGGUUCAAGGCUUACUGGCAAGGAGAAGUCUCCAGGCCCAGUGUCAGGUAUGGCAAAAUAUGGUCAGAGCUAUUGACAGUUCUGCUAUAAUUAGGUCAAGUAAUAAGAGAAUAAAAUUGCCUUCAUAAUGUGCCUUUACUCAGCAGCAGUUGUGGGAAUUAUAAUGUUGUUACCAGGAAUACUUCAGUUGCCCAGGACCAGGCUCUUUGGUGGGGAAAAGGCAAAUAACAUGCAGAGCAUUGUCAAAGAAAAUCAGCAAGCCAUUCUGCUGCAUGGCGUGCUUUGCAUACAAUGUUUUUUAAUGCUUUCAAUACAUUAUUUGUGUUUUUCCCCACUAAGAAGCCCGUUUCCAGGCUAAUAGUGUCCACGUUAGAAACUCUAGAGAAAGGAGUACAUGUCAUGUCCAUUUGAACACAUAAUAUGUAUAAUAAAUUAAGAGGAAAAUGGCAGAAAAUGAGAAAUUAAUAGUCAGUUGUAGUGUAUGAAAACAUGAAUUGGGCCCUUCAAAACAAUGAGAAGGGUGGAAGACUGUCCAUAAAAUCUUGAAGGUUGUUGGCUGUGACACACAGGAAGCCAACAAGAGCUGCCAGAUUAUUUAGGUUACUCAUUCCCCUUCAUCAAACAGCAGUGCAUGGUACAUACACAAAAGACUAUAGUUGUACAGUUGAACCCUCUUGACAGAGCCACCUAAAUUCAUAAUGUUAAGGUAAAGAGUUGUAAUAUAAUAAUCUCCUUUAAUGAAAUAAUUAAAAGAGUGAAUCUUUGAUGUCUGCUAUGGUGGUGCUCUAAAUGAUUAUUGCAGGAACAUUGUUUUGGGGUUUUACCCCUGCCAUUUUUUUUUUGUUACUUUCCAAGAAAAUCAAUUUCUUAAUAUGCUGAGAAUUGAACGGUUUUUAGAAGUUGUUGAACAAGUUCAGUUUUCCAUAAUAAAUAAAACAAUGUUAUUAUUCUGAACCCUGAGUCUUAAUGUAGCAAUAAUUUUAUUGCUUCAUUGCAGGAGUAUGAAGUUUUAUCUAUGGGAGAGAGAAUAGAAGAUCAUUUAGAAAUGGAGAAGGUCUUCAAGAAUGGUAUGAUUAAUAAGCAUUAAGUGCAUGUUACAGUAUCGGACUGAUCAAUCAAGUCAUUAUUAUAUGGUGACCAUGAAUCCUUUAUUCAAAGUAACGUAUAAUAUUAUUGGUAUACUAUCACUCUAAUCUCAGACAUCACGUUAGAGUACCAUAACUCCAUCGUGGUUUUUUUUUGCUGUUUUCCCCCCCCCCCCCCCUUCCCCUUCUCCUCAAACAUGCUUGAAAAUAUAAGCCACCGGGGGCCUAAUAAAGGUAUUUAAGGUGGGGAUGACUUUUCAGCCUUUCAACUUGCAAUCAGACUAUCAAACUCUCUAUUUAAGAUAGAAGAUUGAGCAAAGGAUGAGAUUACCACAAUCCUUCCUAAGCGUCUUGUUAGUGGCUGCAUCGUUCUCAAAAAUAUUUAUACACUUUGAUACCUGUAAAUUGUUCCAUCUUUUUUAGUAUGGGCAGACAAUGCUGAUGCUUGCUCUUUGCAGUAUGCUGGAACAGGAGCCCUCAAGACAGACUUCACAAGGUACCUUAACAUACAGACAAGCCUACAUUUUAUUAUUGAGCUAUUAUGAACACAGUUUACGUCUGUUGUAUUCCAUUUGUGGCUGAUUGGCAACAUCUCUUCAGUUUUAGUUUAUUGUCUCCCAACAAGCCAGUAGCGACUGAUAAUAUUUUGUUGUUGUUGUUUUUUUUUUUUAACAGGACAGGAAAGCGAUCAACAUUUGGACUUGUAAAGGAUGGUCUUAACUCUGCAAUUCGGUAUUACAAGAACAACUUUGCUGAUGGAUUUAGACAAGUAAGUCACUAAAGACCUUUUUUUUUCAAUUCCUGUGUCUGAUCGCUUUAUUUACUGUUUUAAUAUCUUUUUAAAGAUUCCCUCCAACUGCCAUCUUUGAUAACAGGAGAUAUGUUUUAAGCCCAUUUUUUUCUAGUGACACAAGCUCAAGUUCACUCCCAGGGGUGUACUCCAGUUUUCAGCUGAUGGGAAUGAUCGAAUGGGGGCUAAAAUUAAAACCCAAAAAAAUCCCUUGACCAAAAAUUAACCCUCAAAAAAUUUCAUGCCAAAUUUCUGAACCUUAAUUUCCGAGAUACAGUGGCACUACUGCGAAUAUUUAGAUUGUUUGAAUACCCAAAAAAAUCCUUAGUAAAUUCAAUCCUCCCAAAAAAUACAUCCCAAUCCUACCCCAAAAAAUCCUGGAAUCAAAAAUUACAAACCCAGACAAAUCCAUUGAUAAUCCCUGUCAAUUGAAAUCUGGAGUACCCCCCGCCCCCCCACCCCCCAACCUGGGAGUGCACUCAGAAGGACUGGAUUUGUUAUUGCCAUGAAGGUGACCUAGACAUGAUCCAUAAAGACAAUGUACUGUAAAGAAGAGCUCCCAAAAACUCUGUGGGACAGAAUCAGAGGACUCUUAGGCGACAGUUCUUCAUCAUUAUUUUUGCAUAUUUCCAUUUUUGGUGGUGACCGGUCAGUGAUCAGUUUGUUAACUGUUGGCAAAAUUUAGCUGACAGUCAGCCAAGAUAUAUUCUGGGCAGCAAUUCUUAAAUCAUUCCUUAAUUUUCUUUGCGGUAAUUUGUACAUUACUUGUUUUACUUUGGGUUCUUCUGUGCUUGUCUAUUCACGCGACUCAAGACUUGUACAUUUUUUUUUUAUUGCGCUGCAUGAAAUAUGCUUGCAUCUCUAGUGAAAGCCAGGCUUUAAUUAUAACCAGGGUGUGUUUAGAAACAUGGCAGGCAUUAUUGAGUGAACACUACAUGCUGAAAAUGUCUUCUAUUGUUCAGGACUCAAUUGACUUGUUUCUUGGAAACUACGUUGUUGAUACCAAUGAAGGGAUAUCCAAGCCGUCGCCUCUGGAAAGUCACAGAGAUUGGAGGUUUAUGGCUGUAAGUUUAUUUUCAGUUUUGUGUUGCAGUUUAUAUUUUUUUUGCAAUCAUAAAUGUUUUGUAUUGAAUUUUGACAUUCCUUUCUAUUAUUAUUUUUUUCAAUUCUUAAUUUAAAGGGAGUUUAAAAUCUUUUAUUAAUUUUAAGCAAUAGACCACUUAACCCUUUAAGCCCCAAUGUCCACACAUAAAUUCUCCAAACUGAUCUCCAUACAUCUUUAAAGAAUUAGUUGAGAGAGUUUGUUAACAGAUCAAAGCAUUUUCUCUUCAGUGAUCACUUUAUUAACUCUCAUAACCAUUUCUUUUGGCAACAUAUGGAUAUAGUUAGGAGAAAAUUGAUGUUGGUCACUAUUGGGACUUAAAGGGUUAAAAGAGGAAUACCUGAAGUCAAGUUCACCAGAAAUAGAAUAUUAACCUGUUAUAAACUAAAACAUUUAAACAAGAAAUAUUUUAAGUCAGAUUUAUACAUUCAUCAGACUUCAUUUACAUACAUUUGUGGAUUUUGCCAGCUUUGUGGAAUUUACAAAAUGAAAAACAAAAUUAGAAAAAGACAUGCAUCUGCUCUUUUCUUGAGUAUUUUCCUUUUGAAAUUAAUUUUGUAAAAUAUAACAAAAAGGUUUAUGUUAUUAAAAUUUUGUUCCAUUUCGCCGCACUUGUGCUUAUGCUUGCAUUGAUGAGAAACGCUGUCCUUAAGAAACAAGUUAAUAGACCCUCGCUUGGUUUUUCAACUUUUGUUAAUCAUCGGUAAGGCAAAAUCCAUUGACACCGCUGUAAAGAGGGCCCUAAAAUUAGCAAACUUGCCAAGUUUGAAAGUGACACGUCUUAAACAAGUGAAGAAAAACCUCUGCAAAGUUGCAAAAAUUUACAGAAGUUUGUAUGGUGGGGGGCAAGUUUCUACCCCCCACCAUACAAACAUCUGGCAAGUCGGCACCUCAUUGAUUUUUUUUUCCGUUACCUUUUAGCUUCCAAUGAUUCUGUUACUAGGAUUCUCAAUGUUUGUGAUCAGUGUUUUAAUUCCAUCAAGUGAGUACUUUUUAAGUGAUGACAUUAUUACUAAAAUACAUAUAUAUUGAGGAGUUUAGAGUCAGGUUGAUCAUUGACCUUACAGGCAUUUUGAGCAAGUUUUAAGAAAGUUCCAAUUAAGCCAGAGGUUUCAGUCUGAAACAAGCACAAAUUCGUAGUAAAUCUAUACAUUCAGAGAUCAUUAGUAAUCAAGGGCAACAAAUUCAUGACUUUUCCAAGUCAGUACAGGUUUCAAAUGCCCCAUAGUAUUCCACACUGUAAAAGCAUCUCUAUACAAAUUUACAUAUCCACAAUGUGAGAGAGGGUCAAAAAGCUCAGUAUAAUUUUACUGCCUACCCAUUAAAAAAAGUAUGUUCAACCCCUUACCCUGGUAGUUCAUCAUAUAUGUUGGAUAGCACUAUCCACUUUUCACAUCUCUAUCCAGAGGAUACAUUUUUAGGGAAUCUAUGUAACUGCAUUAUCCACUGGAUAGAAACUUAUUCAGUGAAUGACCUUAUCCACCAUUUGAACAAAUGAGGGCCAGUUCUCCCUCCCUCCACCCUAUACAAAGUUCAAACUCGUAAAAAAUAAUGGAUACACAUGUUCAACGUUGUUUGUGGGGUGAGGGGAGGGGUUGGGCAUGCAUGAAUUUGAAAAUGCCCUAGAAAUGCAAAAGUGCCCGAAGAGUUUUUUCCAUGAUUGUAGACUGCAAGAACAGAUGAUUCAAGUUUUUUUGCAAACAUUUAAGACCCAGUCAAACAGCUAACAGCUAAUUGGGUCUAGUGGCAGGCCAUCGCAAGAAAAAAGCAUACCGUAAAUCCAGAUGAGGCGAGUGCCUCAUCUUGCGUAAUGCUUGCAAGCCCAUAGUGAACAUGUAAAUGCAAAUAAUUAAGUGGUUUGUAUUUUUAACCAAAUGACUGCAGCAAUCAACUCCAAUGAAUCUUUAUUCCUUUUGUUUGCAGCUGAUUAUGGUGUGCAGUUUCUUUAUGUAUUGUUUUGGGGUGCAGCUGUCAUGGUCACUCUCUAUGUAGUAUUGUACUUUGGUAAUGAGUAUGUCGACCACCCAAGACUUGUACAUGUCCAGGCAAAAGAUAAAAAUGUCUGACUAGAAAAUCAAUCCAAGUUCUAUAGUUGGGUGUAAAUGAUAAUAUUGUUGGGAUACCUGUGCAGUAAAGGACAAUAUUAUACUGGGUCGAGCCAUCAUGAACCUCUCAUCAGCACAAUUUGAAAACAUCCCAGUUAUUUUCAUGCCAUUGGCUAUUCGUAUGGGACCCAUACACUAACUUGUGUAUGCUAUUCAUACAGGAUUCUUUUGAAAAUAUUGAUUAGGUUCAAGCCCUGAGAAUAGUGAUUAGGGUUAAACACUGACUGGAAUCGAAAUGGUUGGGUUCAUUUUGGGUUAGGGUUGUUGCUAUGCAGUUGCAAAUAAACCCUUCAUCAGCAGCGAACCCUCAGUGAUCUGGUGGUUUAGGUAGACUUCAGAUCCUACGCCCUGGGUUCGAGUCUCACUCCUACUGUAAUAUAUAAUAACAAAUUCUAAUUUUUUUACUGUUAAAAUGAAAGAGACUUACUCUUUUAUGAACAUUUGUUGAGCAGAAAUUUUAAGAGGCUUAUUAAGACAAUAGAAUACAUUACUGCUGACAACAGAAGGAAACCAACCAGUAAAUACAGCCAAAAACUGACAUCUGUAGAAAGAAUCCCGUAUGCAUAGCAAGUACAAGUCAGUUUAGGGGUACCGUAUGAAUAGCCACUGUGUAUUAUAAUUGUUUCAUUCAUCUAUUGUUCAGACAAUCGUUCUGAGAGCUUCAUGGCUCUCCAAACUAUAAAUAAUGUUAUUUUACAUUAAUUUUGUUUGAGAAUGCAUUCAUCUCACCCAAAAUCCUUAAAUCCUUUUUUUUAUGCAAAACAUGUGUAAUGUAAACAAAAAAUAAAUAUAAUGAAUAAAAAUAAAAUAGCCUUGGCCAGCAAACUUUAGUGUCGUCAUGUGAGGAGGAUGAGGCACUGUCGCAUAACAACAAAAAACGACAGCAAGGGAGACUCGAUUGGUUGUGCCUGCCAAAUACAAAACAUGAUCAGUAUAAAGAUUAAAUAUCAAAAAUUAAAUUGUUGUCAGAAACAUGAUAUGUAUGUUCUUCAUAUUAAUUUUAACAUUUUAUUCAUAAAGUCAGUGUAGAAUUUUACGUAUUAAUUUAGUGACAUGCAAUGAGUCAGAACAUUACAGCACUCAGAUAAUUCUAGGAACCUUUAAAGGGGUUAUGUCACAAGGAUACUGUUAUAUGUACAGUUCAUCUUUCAUCUGUUCAUGUAAUUACUCAGUUUUUCUAUCAUUUGCUAUUGAAAAGAAUGGUCCGCUGAUAUUGUGGAUCAGAUUUAAUUUUUAUUGUAUUCUUGCCCAGUGAAUAUUUAUUAACUUAUUUUACAUUUUAUGAUUACCCUAAUUCAUUGUGGGAGCUUGAGCUCUUUAUGUUGUUCAGGCAGGAAUGUCCAGAAUUUAAGACUUUUGAGAUGUAAUCAAGGUUCAUACAGAGUCUGGAAAAAGUAGUCUGGAAAAAUGAUAAAAAUUAGUCUUGAGUUUUUUUCAAUGCUACAACAAGUGCUUUUAUGAGUGAAAUUUUUUUCAUUUUGGUCAAAUGUUAUUCAAUCUCACCCAUACAUUUGCAGCGCAUCAUGAAAAAAGUCCUGUUCCUGUGAUUUUUAAGGUCUCUUUUGAUCACCUAUUUGAUAACCUUGAGUCUGGAAAAAUAAAUUCAUGUUUUGGAAAAAAUUAAGUCUGGAAAAAGUCUUGAAUUUUGGAUCCAAAAAUCCUGUGUAAUGUACGAUCCUUAUAAUAAGUCACCAAAAAGUGUUACGAUCACACAUAAUAGUUAAC